CGGACUCUGACGCUCCAGGCAAUUUUUCUUGCGCCUCUCGAUCUCACUCCACGUUUGCACAACGCACUAAAAUCCCUCUCUCUCGUAUAACAGCUACUCGGACGCUCAAGAUGGACGUCGACAUGCGUAUUAAGGAAGAUCCCGACCUCGAUCGCGACCAAGAGAAACUGGGAGGUAGCAGAGACAGAGACCGCAGAGAUAGGGACAGAGAUCGUGACUUCGACCGCGAAAGGGACCGGGACCGCGAGAGGGAUCGCGAUAGGCGCGAUAGAGACCGCGACCGGAGGGAUUCUGGUCAGCGCCUUGCUUAUAUUAUCGAAACAGUCAUGCACAUAUUGACACGACAACAGGACGCUCGAGCACCAGGCGACCUGGUGACCACUGGGAGCCUGACAGUAGAGGCGGAGAGAGAAAAGCUCAUUCAAUGCCAGCAAAGGCGCAAGCGUUCGCGUACGCGCUCUCGGUCGCGUUCCCCUCGCAGACGGUCUGCCUCGCCACGUCGCCGGUCGCGCCGGUCUCGGUCACGUUCCUCUCGGUCGCGUUCGCGGUCCAGGGGUGGCGGCAAAUCCGACACCUUCAUGCGCUCACUUGGUGGGCCCAUGAACGCCGACCAUGAAGAGGCCGUGGAAUUCGCGAAAAUCAGCAAGCGAGAGAACCGCGUCUACGUGGGAAACCUCAGUUACGAGGUUCGGUACCGUGACUUGAUGGAAUUCAUGAGGGGAGCUGGAGAGGUUCUCUUCGCCGAGGUUCUCAUAACGCCUACCGGUGUAUCGAAGGGAUGUGGAAUCGUAGAGUUUGCUUCUCCGGAAGACGCUCAGCGUGCGGUACGGGAGCUCUCCGAAGUUUCGCUGCUGGGCCGGCCAGUCUUCAUCCGUGAGGAUCGUGAAUCCGAGUCUCGUUUCGGGGCGACUCCGGUUCCAGGAAAGAUGGGCAUGGCCAUGGCGGGACAAGGUCUCAAUGCGGGCCCUCCUCCUCGCCCAGCUUCGCAUAACUAUCUUGCCGGGACUCAAACCUCUAACCCUGGUAACCAACUGUACGUUGGCAAUCUGCCGUAUCAAGCUGGAUGGCAGGAUUUGAAAGACCUUUUCCGUGUUGCUGGUAACAUCAUUCGUGCUGAUAUCAACCUUGGCGCGGACGGCCGUCCCAAAGGAUCCGGAACUGUGGUUUUCGAGACUGCGAAAGAUGCUGCAGCUGCGAUUGGCAAGUCAAUGUACCAUGGCACCGAUUGGUAUGGACGAACGCUCGAAGUCCGAGAGGAUCGUUAUGCCGGUCUGUCGGGAUCUGGUGGCUUCCGCGGUGGCUUCCGCGGAGCACCCCGCGGUCUCGGGCGCGGCGGAUUCCGUGGUGGACUGCGUGGCAGGGGAGGGUUUGCCGGAGGUCUCGGUGGUGCACCCGGUCGCGACUUUUCCAAUCAAGAUAUCUACGCAGACUACUCGGGCCCUGACCAGGCAGGUGGCGCGACAGGCGGGGGGUAUAAUGGAGGGAACAGUGCCGGAGGUUAUGCGAGCGGCGGGUUUGGUGGUCCGGGUGGUCCUGGCUACACUGAGCCUGAGCCAAGCCAGCAGAUCAUGGUCCGCAACCUCCCUUGGUCAACUGCAAAUGAGGAUCUGGUUGAACUCUUUGAGACCACGGGCCAAGUUGAACUGGCUGAGAUUCUGUUUGAUGGAAGUCGCUCGAAAGGCUGUGGUGUCGUGCAGUUUGCGCAAGUCGCAGAGGCUGAAACGGCAAUUGCCAAGUUCCAGCACUAUAUGUAUGGUGGUCGACCGCUUGACGUGCGUUUCAACGACCGCUGGCACACUUUCACCCCGACUGCUGCAAAGGGCGGUCAAAUUGGUCAAGAGAUGGCUUGAGGAUGCUGUUGCUUCGUGUAUAUAUAUAUUUAACGUAUAAAGUGUCUUUGGAGGACACGACCUAACCAAAAUAACAUGAUUGUUACUCGCAGUAUCACAAAUCUCUCUCAAGUCAA